GGCACAUGAUAACUGGAGUGCGACUGUGGCUGUGAGCUGUCGCCCAGCGUUUCUCAGGAGGGAAGAGUUGGGGAGGCUCUGGCAGCUUGGGAAACACUAUAACUUUAAAUUCACUGGUUUGCAGGAAUACAUUAGGUGGAAUAUCAGUUUGGGACACUAGUAGAUGGAAAGUGAGCAAAUUUUUCAUUCUACUGUCACUGGAUAAACUACCGGAAUUGUAUUUGGUCAGAUCCACUAAGAGUGUCUAAUGAUGGACACCGAAGAGUAUGAGGAAGAAUAUGAGGAAGAAGUGGUGGAAGAGUAUUAUGAGGAGAUUACGACUGGCUACACUUCCUCAACCAGCUCACAUCAGUCUCGGGUUGGAGAGGCUGUCCCUGGGGGGCUUCCUGUACGUAAGGUCAGGAAGAGGGCCAGGGUGGACACUUCCAAAUUCAUGACCCCUUACUUGGCACACAGUCAGAAGAUGCUUGACCAGUACAGCCAUAACAAGUACAGGGAGGAAUAUGAGAAGAACAAGGGUCAGCCCUAUAACAUUUCAGCUGAAACACCUGAGAUGAUUCGCAUCAAGAAGGCUCAGGAGCAGCUCAGCGAGGUGAAAUAUCGUAUGGAAGGUCUAAAGUCUAAAACCGGCAGUCUGUACGAUGGUGAGGCUCGUGAAAUCCAACAUGUGAAGAAUGUGUCUGACCUUGUCAGCAAAGUCUUGUACAGACAAAAAUGGGAUGAAACCAAGGACAGAUACUUACUGCCUCCUGAUGCACCCGAGCUGGUUUUGGCAGUGAAAAAUGCUGCAAAUAUGAGCAAGAAACUAUACACAGAAGAUUGGGAUGUGGAGAAGACCAUGUACUACCCUUACAGUGACAGUCCAGAGCUCCGCCGAGUGGCCAAGGCUCAGGAAGCCCUCAGUGAUGUUAAAUAUAAGAAAGGUCACGAUGAACGCAAAGCAAAGUACACAUCCUUGGCUGAUCCUCCAGAAGUGGAACUGGCCAAGAAAAACUUUGCCAAUCGAAGUAAUCUUGAGUAUCAUAAGGACUACAACCAGAAUGUCAAAGGUCAGUGGUGUGAGACCCCUUACUUUGACGUUGCAGUUGGCAAGAUGGUCAUGGAUAACUUAAGUGAAAAAAAAUAUACUGCUGCUUAUGAAGACAUGAAAGACCAAAUUUAUUUCAUGCAAACCGAAACGCCAACAUACGCUUCCAACAAAAAGGCUCAUGAAAUCGCAAGUGAGGUCAAAUACAAGAAAGACUACGAAAAUACAAAAUCAGAAUCUGAUUACAACGUCCUCCCAGCUACAGAAAACCCCCUCCUCAGACAACUGAGAUACGCUGGCACCAUCUUGAGUGAUAAAGUGUACAAAGCAAACUAUGAAAAAACAAGAGGAUCCAGCAUUAAUUACUGUGAUACCCCCAAGUUCCAGAUGGACAACGUGCUUAAAAAAUUUAGUGAUACACACUAUAAAGACAAGUAUGAUAAUGAGAUAAAGGGCCACUAUAUUGGGAGUUAUGAAGAUAUAAACAUGCUUCGCUGCCAGAAGGUGGAAGAGUUAAAGAGUGAUAAAAUUUAUAAGUCAGAUUAUGAGGAUAUGAAGACAAGAUGCUUCUUCCCUCAAACAAUCACACCUGAAUAUGACGCUAUCAAAAAAGUGGAACAGUGUAAAGAUAAAGUAUAUCGGCAACAUCCGGACAAAGUAAAGUUUACACAAGUAACAGACUCGCCUGUCCAAGUACAAGCAACCAUCAAUGCCAAACAACUGAGUGAUCUGAACUACAAGGCGCAGUAUGAAAAAGAGAAGUUUAAGUGCUACCUGCCGCCUGAUUACCCCUUCUUCAUUCAGUCUAGAGUGAACGCAUAUAACCUUAGUGAUACUUGUUACAAGUUUGACUGGGAAAAGACAAAAGCAAAAAAAUUUGAGGUGAAGGGUGAUGCCAUCCCCAUCCUCGCAGCCCGUGCCCACACCAACAUUGUCAGUGAUGUGAAAUACAAGAAGGAUUACGAAAAGACCAAAGGACACAUGGUUGGUGCCCUUAGCAUUAAUGACGAUCCAAAGAUCAUGCACUCGGUUCAUGUUGCUAAGAUCCAAAGUGAGCGUGAAUAUAAAAAGGAUUAUGAGAAGAUGAAGACAAAGUAUCAUACACCACUGGACAUGAUGCUUGUUACACUAGCAAAGAAGUCUCAGGCUAUCGCCAGCAUGAGCGGCUACAGAAAUAUCAUCAAUCGCUACUUUCUGCCAUAUGACAGCAUAGCACUGGACCUGGCAAAAAAAUCCAAUCAACUCCAGAGUGAUAAUGAAUAUAAAUCAGAAUACAACAACUACACAAAAGGAACCCCUUGGAUUCCUUACGGAUCACUGGAUGUCGAGAAGGCAAAGAAAGCAGGAGAGAUCCUGAGUGAGAAAAAGUACAGGCAGCGCCCAGAUACUGUGCCCUUCACUGCGAUUGAUGACCACCCCAUCAUGCUCCAAUCUAAGCUCAAUCAACAGCUCAGGAGUGAUCUUCAUUACAAGAAAGGGCUUCCGGAAAUCCUUCAAAAGUACUCACUGCCUCCUGAUGUUCCAGAGUUCCUCCAGGCCAAGUGUAACGCCUACAAUAUCAGCAACAAAUACUACAAGCUUGGAUUUGAGGAUCUUAUUUCAAAGGGUUAUGACUUGAAGGCUGAUGCUGUCCCUGUUCGUGCGGCUAAAGCGGCAAGGCAUGCAGCCAGUGAUGUCCAGUACAAGAAAGACUACAACAAGAACAGAGGCCACCACGUCGGCUUCCGUAGUCUUCAGGAUGACCCGCUGCUGGUGCACUACAUGCAACUGGCUAAGAUGCAAAGUGACAAGAACUACAAGAAGGACUAUCACAAGGCUAAGCUAAAGUACCAUUCUCCUGUGGAUAUGUGGAGUGUUGCCCAUGCUAAACAUUCAUCUAAUGUUCAGACAUAUGCAGGCUACAAACAGCCUAUUCAUCACUACACACUACUCCCUGAUGCCAUUAAUCUGGAGCUGGCUCGCAACAUGAACAACCUCUCCAGUGAUAACAACUAUAAAGCAGACUAUGAAGCCUCUGUGAAAGGUAUUGGCUGGAUCCCAAUUGGCUCACUGGAUGUGGAAAAAGCUAAAGCUGCAGGCAAGGCUCUUGAUGAAAAGAAGUACAGGCAACAUCCAGACACCAUCAAGUUUACCAGCGUCACUGACAGUCCUGUUAUGGAGCAAGCGAAGCUGAAUGCACAGCAACUAAGUGAUAAGCGUUACAAAGCCAGUGGUGAGAAGUUCAUGCACACAUACCAUCUCCCUCCUGACACACCUGAGUUCCAGCAAGCGAAAUACAAUGCUGUCAAUAUCAGCAAUACAUACUACACAUAUGCACACAAGCAAGAUAUUCUGAAAGGGCACCAUAUGAAGCAAGAUGCUAUUCCAGUUGUUGCUGCCAAGUCCUCUAGAGAUAUCGCCAGUGAUUACAAGUAUAAGCUUGCAUACCAGAAAGCCAGGGGUCACCACGUCGGCUUCCGUAGUCUUCAGGAUGACCCUCUGUUGGUGCACUACAUGCAAGUGGCUAAAAUACAGAGUGACAGGAACUACAAGAAGGACUAUCACAAGGCUAAACUGAAGUACCAUUCCCCUGUGGAUAUGUGGAGUGUUGUACAGGCUAAAAAUGCAUCUAAAGCUCAGACAUACGCAGGCUACAAACAGCUCAUACAUCACUACACACUUCUACCUGAUGCCAUGCAUAUUGACCGUGCUCGCAACAUGAUGGAAAUUCAGAGCGAUAAUCUCUACAAGUCAGAGUACAACAACGUCUACAAGGGAGCAGGAUGGGUUCCCAUUGGUUCCCUUGAUGUGGAGAAAGCUAAAACAGCCAAAGCUGCUCUGGAUGAAAAGAAAUACAGAGUUCACCCAAGCACUCUGAAGUUCACCAGCCUGACAGACCAAAUGAACAUGGUUUUAGCCACGAAUAACACCAAGCAGAUGCAUCCUUUGGCUUAUAAGGCUUCUGGAGAGCAGUACAUGCACACCUACCAUCUUCCAGCAGACAGCCCACAGUUCCUUCAGGCCAAGUUUAAUGCCCAGACUGUUAGCGAGUCAAAAUACAAAACUCAGUGGCUUAUAGACAUCGCCAAAGGGUAUGACAUGAAGGCUGAUGCCAUUCCUAUAGUUGCUGCUAAACAAGGAAGGCAUAUUGCUAGCAAUUUCCAGUACAAGAAAGACUAUGAAAAGUCACGAGGUCACCACGUUGGCUUCCGUAGUCUUCAGGAUGACCCUCUGUUGGUGCACUACAUGCAAGUGGCUAAAAUACAGAGUGACAGGAACUACAAGAAGGACUAUCACAAGGCUAAGCUAAAGUACCAUUCUCCUGUGGAUAUGUGGAGUGUUGUACAGGCUAAAAAUGCAUCUAAAAUUCAGACAAAUGCAGGCUACAAACAGUCCAUUCAUCACUACACACUUCUGCCUGAUGCCAUGCAACUGGAGCUUGCUCGCUCUAUGAACGUCACUUCCAGUGAUGUUGAGUACAAGAGUGAUUACAACAGCUCUAUGAAAGGGCUGGGAUGGGUUCCUAUCGGCUCCUUAGGAGUUGAGACUGCAAAGGUUGGUGGACAAAUACAGAGCGACAAGAGAUACCGUACUCAUCCAUCUAAACACGCCUUCCACAGGCCAGUAGAUUCCAUGGAUCUGGCUUUAGCUGCUGCCAAUAACCAGAUCAUGAACAAGGCAACGUAUACUGCUGCAUGGGAGAAAGAUAAACUCAAAAUCCAUGUCAUGCCUGACAGCCCUGAAUAUGUUCUUGCCAAGGCCAAUUCCAUCAAUAUUAGCCAGAAAAUCUACAAAGCUGGCCUUGAGGAAAUGAAUAAGAAGGGGUAUAACCUCAAGGCAGAUGCUAUUCCUAUUUUGGCUGCCAAAUCUGGCAGGGACAUUGCCAGCAAUUACAAGUACAAACUAGCAUAUGAGAAGGCCAGAGGCCACCAUGUUGGCUUCCGUAGUCUUCAAGAUGACCCUCUGUUGGUGCACUACAUGCAAGUGGCUAAAAUACAGAGUGACAGGAACUACAAGAAGGACUAUCAUAAGGCUAAACUGAAGUACCAUACCCCUGUGGACAUGUUGAGUGUUUUGCAAGCCAAACUGGCUUCUAAAGCUCAAACCUUCAUAGGCUACAAGCAGCUUUUCCAUCACUACACAUUGCUUCCUGAUGCUAUGCACCUGGAGUUAGCUCGCUCUAUGAACUCCAGGUCCAGUGAUGUUGAGUACAAGAGUGAUUACAACGCAUAUAUGAAAGGUCUUGGAUGGGUGCCUAUUGGCUCGUUGGGAGUGGAAACUGCAAAAGUCGGAGGACAGAUACUCAGUGACAAGAAGUACAAAGUUCACCCAUCUAAAUACAGCUUCCAGAAAAACAUGGAUUCCAUGGACCUGGCAUUAGCUACUGCAAACAAACAAAUCAUGAACAAGCAAGCAUACACAGCUGCUUGGGACCAGGACAAGAUUAAGAUCCACAUCAUGCCUGACAGCCCAGAGAUUCUUCUGGCAAAGGCCAACGCAAUAAAUACAAGUCAGAAAGCCUACAAAGCUGGAAUGGAAGCUUCAAAGAAGAAGGGUUAUGAUCUCCGAGCAGAUGCUAUAUCUGUGGUCGCAGCCAAAGCUUCGACACGCAUUGCCAGUGAUUACAAGUAUAAACUGGAAUAUCAGAAGGCCAGGGGACACCACGUUGGAUUCCGUAGUCUUCAGGAUGACCCACUGUUGGUGCACUACAUGGAAGUUGCUAAAAUACAGAGUGACAGGAACUACAAGAAGGACUAUCAUAAGGCUAAACUGAAGUUCCACUCACCUGUGGACAUGUGGAGUGUUGUGCAGGCUAAGCAGGCAUCCGCUGUGCAAACCAACGCUGGAUACAAACAGCACUUUGCUCGCUACACAGUCAUGCCGGAUGCCAUGAACCUGGAGUUGGCUCGCAACAUGCAAACGAUUGCUAGUGAUAAUGUUUAUAAGAGUGAAUACAACAACUACAUGAAAGGAAUGGGAUGGAUUCCCAUCGGCUCACUGGACGUGGAGAAAGCCAAAACUGCCAGUCGGAUAGGAAGCGAGAAACUCUAUCGUACACACCCCAGCAAAUACAAGUUCACCAAAGAUAUGUCUUCCAUGGACCUGACUCUAGCUGCAGCCAACAAUAAGAUCAUGAACAAGCAAAGCUAUAUUGAUGCCUGGGAGAACGACAAAACAUCAAUCCAUAUUAUGCCAGAUGCAAUGGAUGUCACACUUGCACGUCAGAAUAAAGCCAACUACAGUGAGAAACUGUACAAGCUUGCCAAUGAACUGGCAAAGAAGAAGGGCUAUGACAUGCGCUAUGAUGCUAUUUCAAUUCAAGCAGCCAAGGGAUCCACAGCUAUCGCUAGUGAUUACAAGUACAAGACUGGUUAUCGUAAGCAAGUUGGCCAUCACAUCGGAGCUCGCAGUGUCCAGGAUGACCCACUGCUCAUGCUGGCUCUGAACUCAGCUAAAAUUGCUAGUGAUGCCCUUUACAAGAAGGACUUCAACAUGUCUAAGACUAAAUUCCACCUUCCAGUGGACAUGCUGGCAUUUGAACUGGCCAAGAAGAACCAGAUCCAGGUCAAUGAUGCCAACUACAGAACUUAUCUGCACAACUGGACCUGCCUGCCAGACUCUAAUGACGUUGUACAGGCCAGGAAGGUCUAUGACCUCCAGAGUGAUGCUGUGUACAAGGCUGACCUGAAAUGGCUACAAGGCUUAGGAUGGAUCCCUAUUGGUUCCCUUGAUGUUGAGAAAGUGAAGAAAGCUGGAGAAGCUUUGAGUGAAAGAAAAUAUCGUCAACACCCAAGCAACUUCAAAUUUACGUGCACAACUGAAGACAUGCCAAUGGUCUUGGCAAAAACCAAUAAUAAUAUCAUGAACAAGAAAUCUUAUAUCCAAGCCUGGGAGAAUGAAAAAAAUAGGAUCCAUAUCAUGCCAGAUGCAAUGGAUGUGAUCCUUGCAAAACAAAAUAAAGUAAAUUACAGUGAGAAACAAUACAAACUUGCCAACGAACUGGCCAAGAAAAAAGGUUAUGAUUUGCGCAAUGAUGCUAUUUCUAUUAUUGCUGCCAGAGCCUCCCGGGAUAUUGCUAGUGAUUACAAGUACAAAACUGGAUAUCGUAAGCAAGUUGGCCACCACAUUGGAGCUAGGAGCCUCCAGGAUGACCCACUGCUCAUGCUGGCUCUGAACUCAGCUAAGAUUGCUAGUGAUGCCCUGUACAAGAAGGACUUUAACAUGUCUAAGACUAAAUUCCACCUUCCAGUGGACAUGCUAGCAUUUGAACUGGCCAAGAAGAACCAGAUCCAGGUCAAUGAUGCCAACUACAGAACUUAUCUGCACAACUGGACCUGCCUUCCAGACUCUAAUGACGUUGUACAGGCCAGGAAGGUCUAUGACCUCCAGAGUGAUACUGUGUACAAGGCUGAUCUGAAAUGGUUACAAGGCCUGGGAUGGAUCCCUAUUGGUUCUCUUGAUGUUGAGAAAGUGAAGAAAGCUGGAGAAGCUUUGAGUGAAAGAAAAUAUCGUCAACACCCAAGCAACUUCAAAUUUACGUGCACAACUGAAGACAUGCCAAUGGUCUUGGCAAAAGCCAAUAAUAAUAUUAUGAACAAGCGGUCAUAUAUCCAAGCUUGGGAGAAUGAUAAGACCACGAUCCACGUCAUGCCAGAUGCAAUAGAGGUGCUCCAUGCCAAACAGAACAAGAUCAACUACAGUGAGAAACUGUACAAACUUGCCAACGAAGAGGCCAAGAAGAAGGGUUAUGAUUUGAGAAGUGAUGCCAUUUCUAUUAAAGCAGCAAAGGCCUCCAGAGAUAUCAUCAGUGAUUACAAGUACAAAGCUGGAUAUCGUAAACAAGUUGGCCACCACAUUGGCGCCCUGAGCGUCCAGGAUGACCCACUGCUCAUGCUGGCUCUGAACUCAGCUAAGAUUGCUAGUGAUGCCCUUUACAAGAAGGACUUCAACAAGUCUAAGACCAAAUUCCACCUUCCAGUGGACAUGCUGGCAUUUGAACUGGCCAAGAAGAACCAGAUCCAGGUCAAUGAUGCCAACUACAGAACUUAUCUGCACAACUGGACCUGCCUUCCAGACUCUAAUGAUGUUGUCCAGGCCAGGAAGGUCUAUGACCUCCAGAGUGAUGCUGUGUACAAGGCUGACCUGAAAUGGCUACAAGGCAUUGGCUGGAUCCCUAUUGGUUCAAUUGAUGUUGAGAAAGUGAAGAAAGCUGGAGAAGCUUUGAGUGAAAGAAAGUAUCGUCAACACCCAAGCAACUUCAGGCACACAAGCACCACUGAAGAUAUACCAAUGGUCUUGGCAAAAGCCAAUAAUGAAGUCAUGAACAAGAGAAAUUACAUUGCCGCUUGGGAGAGUGAUAAGACCAAGGUUCACAUCAUGCCAGAUACAUUGGAGGUGUUCCUUGCAAAACAGAAUAAAAUUAACUACAGCGAGAAACUAUACAAACUUGCUAAUGAAGAGUCUAAGAAGAAGGGCUAUGACAUGCGCGGUGAUGCGAUUUCAAUCAAAGCUGCUAAGGCAUCCAGAGAUAUCAUCAGUGACUACAAGUACAAGACUGGAUAUCGCCAGCAAGUUGGCCAUCACAUCGGAGCUCGCAGUGUCCAGGAUGACCCACUGCUCAUGUUGGCUCUGAACUCAGCUAAAAUUGCUAGUGAUGUCCUUUACAAGAAAGACUUCAACCAGUCUAAGACUAAAUUCAACCUCCCAGUGGACAUGCUGGCAUUUGAAUUGGCCAAGAAGAACCAGAUCCAGGUCAAUGAUGCCAACUACAGAACUUAUCUGCACCAUUGGACCUGCCUUCCAGACUCCAGUGAUGUUGUCCAGGCCAGACAGGCCUAUGACCUCCAGAGUGAUAAUGUGUACAAGGCUGACCUAAAAUGGCUACAAGGCAUUGGCUGGAUUCCUAUUGGUUCACUUGAUGUUGAGAAAGUGAAGAAAGCUGGAGAGGCUUUAAGUGAAAGAAAGUAUCGUCAGCACCCAAGCAACUUCAAAUUUACGUGCACAACUGAAGACAUGCCAUUGGUCUUGGCCAAAGCAAAUGCUUCUAUUAUCAAUAAGAAACUUUACACUGAGGCCUGGGAUAAGGACAAGACCAGCAUUCAUAUUAUGCCUGACGCCAUGGACAUUUUGCUGGCAAAACAAAACAAUAUCAUUUACAGCGAGAAAGCGUACAAACUUGCCAAUGAAGAAUCCAAGAAGGAGGGUUAUGACCUGCGUAGUGAUGCUGUUGCUAUCAAAGCUGCCAAAGCAUCAAGAGACAUAAUCAGUGAUUACAAGUACAAGACUGGUUACCGUAGGCAAGUUGGCCAUCAUAUUGGAGCUCUCAGUGUCCGGGAUGACCCGCUGAUUGUGCUGGCCAUAAAUUCUGCUAAGAUUGCUAGUGAUGUCCUGUACAAGAAAGACUUUAACAAGUCCAAGACAAAAUUCCACCUUCCAGUGGACAUGUUGUCUCUUGAACUUGCCAAGAAAUGCCAGAUCCAGGUCAAUGAUUUCAACUACAGAACUUACCUGCACAACUGGACCUGCCUUCCAGACUCCAAUGAUGUUGUCCAGGCCAGGAAGGUCUAUGAUCUGCGCAGUGAUGCUGUGUACAAGGCAGAUCUUGAAGAUCUGAAGGGCAUUGGAUGGGUCCCUAUAGGUUCAUUGGAUGUUAUGAAAGCCAAGAAAGCAAGCGAGAUUCUCAGUGAUCGCCUCUACAGGCAGAAACCAGACACACUACAUUACAUACAAGACAUGCAAUCCAUUCCCAUGGUUUUGGCAAAGACAAAUGCUGAUAUUAUGAACCAGCGUCAAUACAUUGCAGCCUGGGAGGCUGAUAAGGUCAAGAUCCAUGUUAACCCAGAUACCCCAGAAAUUCUGCUCUCAAAAGCAAAUGCUAUUAUCAACAGCAGGAAACUUUACAGGCAAGGAGUUGAAGACAGCUUCAGGAAAGGCUAUGAUCUAAAAGGUGAUGCAGUUGCCAUCAAAGCUGCCAAAGCAUCCAGAGACAUCAUUAGUGAUUACAAGUACAAGACUGGUUAUCGCCAGCAAGUUGGCCAUCACAUCGGAGCUCGCAGUGUCCAGGAUGACCCGCUGAUUAUGCUGGCCAUAAACUCUGCUAAGAUUGCUAGUGAUGCCCUAUACAAGAAGGAUUUCAACAAGUCCAAGACCAAAUUCCACCUUCCAGUGGACAUGUUGUCUCUUGAGCUUGCUAAAAAAUGCCAGAUCCAGGUCAAUGAUUUCAACUACAGAACCUACCUGCACAACUGGACCUGCCUUCCAGACUCCAAUGAUGUUGUCCAGGCCAGGAAGGUCUAUGAAUUGCGCAGUGAUGCUGUUUACAAAGCUGAUAUGGAAUGGAUUAAAGGCACAGGAUGGAUUCCAAUAGGGUCUCUUGAUGUAGAAAAGGUCAAAAAAGCUGGCGAUAUCCUGAGUGAGAGGAAAUACCGUCAACAUCCAAGCAACUUCAAGUUUACUAGCACAACAGACUCUAUACCAAUAGCUCUUGCACAAGCCAAUGCUAAGCUCAUGGAUCAGAGAGCUUAUGUUGAAGCCUGGAAUAAAGAGAAGGUCACAAUACACAUCAUGCCAGACACUCCAGAGAUCAUGCUUAGCAGACAGAACAAAAUCAACAGCAGCGAUAAAUUCUAUCGUCAAGAUUAUGUUGAGAGUCUACAGAAAGGCUAUUUCCUGCCAAAAGACGCUGUUGCAGUCAAAUCUGCCAAGGCCUCCAGGGACAUAAUCAGUGACUACAAGUACAAAGCUGGCUACAGACGUCAGCAAGGACAUCACAUCGGAGCUCGCAGUGUCCAGGAUGACCCGCUGAUUGUGCUGGCCUUAAACUCUGCUAGGAUUGCUAGUGAUGUCCUGUACAAGAAAGACUUUAACAAGUCCAAGACUAAAUUCCACCUUCCAGUGGACAUGUUGUCUCUUGAACUUGCCAAGAAAUGCCAGACCCAGGUCAAUGAUUUCAAUUACAGAACUUACCUGCACAACUGGACCUGCCUUCCAGACUCCAGUGAUGUUGUACAGGCCAGGAAGGUCUAUGAUCUGCGCAGUGACGCUGUAUAUAAGGCCGACCUUGAAUGGCUCCGUGGAUGUGGAUGGAUGCCACAAGGUUCUCUUGAGGUUGUUAAAGUAAAGAAUGCCCAGAAGAUCCUCAACGAUAAACUAUACAAACAGCAUCCAAGCACAGUUCCAUUCACCAGCCCUGUGGAUUUGCCUUCCAUUGUCCUAGCCAAACAAAAUGCUGAUAUCCUCAGUGAUAGGAAAUACAGAGAGGCAUGGGACAAAGACAAGACCACAAUCCACAUCCAGCCAGACACACCAGCAAUUAUGCUAUCCAAGGCCAAUGCCAUUGCAGUUAGCAAUAGAUUGUACACCAAGGACUGGGAUUCACAGAAGGCAAAAGCAUACCAUAUCAAAGAGGAUGCCGUUGCUGUAUUGAAGGCCAAAGCUUCUAGAGACAUUGCUAGUGAUUACAAGUACAAGACUGGUUAUCGCCAGCAAGUUGGCCAUCAUAUUGGAGCUCGCAGUGUCCGGGAUGAUCCGCUGAUUGUGCUGGCCAUAAAUUCUGCGAAGAUUGCUAGUGAUGCUUUGUACAAGAAGGACUUCAACAAGUCCAAGACAAAAUUCCACCUUCCAGUGGACAUGUUAUCUCUUGAGCUUGCCAAGAAAUGCCAGAUCCAGGUCAAUGAUUUCAACUACAGAACUUACCUGCACAACUGGACCUGCCUGCCAGACUCCAAUGACGUUGUACAGGCCAGGAAGGUCUAUGAACUGCGCAGUGAUGUGGUAUAUAAGUCUGAUCUAGAGUGGUUGAAAGGAUGUGGCUGGAGCCCUCAUGAAUCUGUGGAAGUCCUUAAGGUGAAAAAUGCCCAAAAUAUCCUGGCUGAUAGAGGGUACCGUGUGAAGCUGGAUGAUCAGAAGUACACUACUCCCAUUGACAGAGUUGACUUUGUUUGUGCCAAAAAUGCAGCAACUGUACUCAACGAGGCAAGCUACCGUGAGGCUUGGCACAACGAUAAGGUCAAAUACACUAUGCUGGACACCCCACUUCUAGCCACAGCCAGGGAGGUGGCCAAGAAUUUACAUCCACACUUCUACACAAACGCCUGGGACAAGACAAAAGCGAAAUCAUAUUUUAUGCCUGGAGAUGCAGUUCCUAUUAAGCAGUGCAUUUCUACCACCAAAGUACAGAGCAAUUACAAAUACAAGGAGGGAUAUCGCAAGGACCUUGGCCACCAUAUCGGAGCUCGCUGUGUCCAGGAUGAUCCACUGAUCAUGCUGGCAAUAAACUCAGCAAGGAUUGCUAGUGAUGCCCUGUACAAGAAGGACUUCAACAAGUCCAAGACCAAAUUUAACCUUCCUGUAGACAUGUUGGCCUUUGAAUUAGCCAAGAAAUGUCAGAGCCAGGUCAAUGAUGAUAACUACAGAACCUACCUGCACAACUGGACCUGCAUGCCCGAUCAGAAUGAUGUCAUUCAGGCUCGCAAAGCCUAUGAUCUUGCCAGUGAUAAUAUCUACAAGGCAGAUCUGGAAUGGAUCCGUGGCUGUGGAUGGGUGGCAGCUGACUCUGUUGAUCAUGUCAAAGUCAGAAAAGCCCAGGAGAUCCUUAACGAUAGAAGUUACAAGAAGGAUGCCAAGGACAACUUUGCCAAGUUCACAAAUAUUGUGGAUCGACCUGAAGUUCUCUUGGCCAAGGUCAACGCCUUCAAUCUCAGUGAUCUGAAAUACAAAGAAUCCUUCAACCUGGAGAAGGGCCACUACAUUGGAGCUGAAGAUACACCACAACUGGCACACUCCAGGGAGGUGGCGAAGAACAUCAGUGAGAAACUGUACAAACUUAGCUGGGAUGAAGCUAAAGCCACAGGAUAUCAGCUGAACCAUGAGUACCUGCCACUUGUAUCAGCUAAGAAAACCAGAACCAUUGUCAGUGAUAUUAAGUACCAUGAUGCCCAUGAGAAAGCCAAGGGUCAUUACUUGGCCAACAUUCUGGCUGACUUCCCUGCAAUGGUCCAUGCUGGACAAAUGGAAAAGAUGAAGAAUAUGAGAUUCUAUCACAAGGAUUACCAUACGAGCAAGACUAAGCUCCACAUUCCACAUGACAUGAUCAGCCAUGUGGUAGCCAAGAGAUGCCAAGAUAUCCUAAGUGAUGUGCUGUACCGCACCUACCUGCACCAGUGGACAUGCCAUCCAGACCAGAAUGAUGCUAUCCGUGCUCGCAAGGCCAAUGAGAUCCUGAGUGAUGUGUUCUAUAAAGAUGACUUGAACUGGAUAAAGGGUACUGGCUGCUAUGUCUGGGACACACCAGAAAUCGUGCGUGCCAAGAAGUCUUAUGAGCUUCAGAGUGACAUCAAGUACAAGGCAGAGGGCAAGAAAGAGUUCAAUAACUACUCUAUUGUGACAGACACUCCUGUGUAUGUGACUGCUAUACUGGGCCACACCUGGGCAAGUGAGCUAAACUAUAGAGAGGCCUACCGCAAAGAGAAGCACAUAUACACUACUGUGUUGGACACUUAUGAUUAUGCAAGAUGCUUCAACUUGAAGCAACUCUACAGCACUAAAGCCUAUUCUGCCCUUUGGGAUAGAAUCAAGGCCAAGAGCUACAGCAUUCCUCAUGACUCUAAUGCUUUGGUCCAUGCCAAACAGCAGAAGGCCCUCCUGAGCAAUGUGAAAUACAAGGAAGAUUAUGAGAAGUUUAAGUCACUGUACAGCCUGCCUAAGUGUCUGGAGGAUGACCCAGCCACUGCCAGAUGCAUCAAAGCUGGAAAACUCAACUUGGAUCGCUUGUACAGGGACAAGUGGGAAAAGACAAAAGCCAAAAUCCAUGUUCCUCCUGAUAUGCUAGAUGUGGUGGCUGCCCGCAACACUCAGAAAAUGAUCAGUGGCGUGGACUACCGUAAAUACCUGCACCAGUGGAUCUGCCUGCCUGACAUGCAGGUCUAUGUACAUGCCCGCAAAGUCAAUGAACAGCUGAGUGACGUCUUUUAUAAAGAUGAUAUGAACUGGCUGAAGGGUGUUGGAUGUUAUGCAUGGGAUACUCCUGAAAUCCUGCGUUGCAAGCAGGCCAUGAAACUACAGAGUGAGAACCUAUACAGAGCUAAGGGAAUUGAGCAUUUUAAGAACUUCUCUGUAGUAACAGACACCCCAGUGUAUGAGACAUGCAAGCAGAGUGCCCAGAACCUGAGUGAGCUCAACUAUCGUAAUGACUAUGUCACCAAUGUGAAAGGUAAAAACACUUCUCCCGCUACAACUGUGGACACUGAAAGGGCUCGUUUGGCCAAAUACAUCCAGAGUGACCACAUCUAUAAAGAAGCAAACAAGAGCUUUAUGCCCACUGGUUACUCUCUUCCCUUUGACACUCCACUUGCCCUGCAAGCCAAAGCCAACAAUGUCACUUUCAGCAACGUGAAAUACAAGGAAGCUUAUGAACACACUAAAGCCAGAAGCUACAAACUGGACCCCAAUGGUGUCAAUUUUGUCACUAUUAGAAAGGCUAACCAGGUCACCAAUGAAAGACUAUACCGUGCCCUGUAUGAAAAGGAAAAAGACAAGGUUCACUCUGUGUAUGACACUCCUGAGAUCAGGCAGGUUAAGGCCACCCAGGAGGCCAUCAGUGAUGUUUGCUAUAAAGAAAAGUACUACAACAGCAGAGGGACCCUACUGCCAAUGCCAAUCACGCCAGAGCUGUUGCACUGCGCACACGUCAAUCAGAUCAACAGUGAUCUGAAAUACAAAGAGGAUCUGCAUUGGCUGAGAGGCAUCGGGUGCUUCGUGUUUGAUUCUCCUGAGAUGGUCCGCAUCCGUGCAAUCAACAAAUUCAGGACUUCCUAUGAUAUCGAUGCCAAGAAGAACUUUGCCAACUUCUCUGUGGUCCUGGACACACCAGAGUACAAGCGUGUGUCUGAACUGAAGACACACAUAAGUGAUCUGGUGUACAAAGCUGCUGGAAAUAUACAGAAGACUCAGUGCAGCACUACUGGUGAUGCUAUUGAAUUCAAGAGAGCCAAGUGGGCCCAGACUCUUAGCAAUAAGUGGCUGUACACUGAUUUGGCUUCCAAAGAAAGAGCCUUCUACACUCCAGAGCUUCACACACCUAUCCUGGAUCAUGCCAGAUCUAUGAAAGUGGUGUACAGUGAGACCAAGUACAAAGAACAGUAUGAGAAGAUGAAACAUAAGUACACUCCUGUCCAUGACACACCUAUCCUAAUCCGUGCCAAAAAGGCUUACCUUAAUUCCAGUGAUCUGCGCUACAAAGAGACCUUCGAGUUAGCUAAAGGACACUACCACCCCACUAAGGAUGCCCUGGACAUUGUUUGUGCUAAGCGUGUCAGAGAUGACAUCAGUGAGGUUAGAUACAGAGAGAAAUACAUCAACUCACUGGGCACAUGGAAGUCCAUCCCAGAUCGUCCUGAAUUCUUCCACAGCAAGAUUGUGCGAGACUGCGUCAGUGAUUACAAAUACAAAGAGGAUCUGGACUGGAUCAAAGGCAUUGGCUGCUAUGUGUGGGACACACCAUUGCUGAAGCAGGCUGAGCAUAACAAAGCACUGUACAGCGAGAGACUGUACAAGGCAUCGUAUGAGAAGAACAAAGGCAACUUCAAGUACACAUGUGACACACCAUUCUUUGAAGCUGCUAGAAACGCUUCUGCACUCUCCAAUGAUAGAUCCUACCGCGCAGAGUAUGAGAAGACUAAGGAUAAGUACACCAUAGUUGUAGAUGACCCUAGAAACCUCUUGGCUAAAGAGGUCAACAAUAUGAGCCAGUGGAAGUACAGGUCACAAUAUGAGCGUCUCAAGUCAAAGUACACAUCAGUGCUGGAGACACCUGAGCACCAAGUCCACAAGCGUAGAAAGCAGAUCAGCGAUAUCAUCUACAAGAUGGAGUAUAAUAAGAAUAAGGCUAAAGGCUACACUCUUGGACAUGACACUCCUCUGAAUCUGCACAUGAAGAAGGUCAAAGAAAUGAUCAGCAAUCUCAAAUAUAAGGAAUUGUAUGAGAAAAACAAAGCUCAGAUUAACAUAGCUCCUGAUGCUUUCGACAUCCGGGCUGCCAAGGAGGCCUACAAGAACAUCAGCAAUCUUGACUACAAAAAGAAGUAUGAGGCCACCAAGAAUAAGUGGAUUUGGACUGUGGACAGACCCGACUUUGUCCACGCUGCCAAGAUCAACUACCAGCAGAGUGACGUUGAGUACAAGUACGACAAGGAGAUGCUGAAGGGUUGCGUGAUGCCUGUUACUGACGAUAAGUACACAAUUCUAGCCAAGCAGAACACUGAGCUUUCCAGCUAUAUCAAAUACAAGCAAAAGUAUGAAGAUGCCAAAGGACACUACCAUGCUGUCCACGAUACCCCUCAGAUCCUCCAUGCUAAAUCAGUGUCUGGUCUGGUUUCUGAGAGCAAAUACAAGCUGGCCAGCAAGAAGGAGCGCCAGUCUGGCUCUUUCACCACCCUGCCUGAGACCCGUGACACAGCCCAUAGCAAAGUAGUGACCAAAAUCACAAGUUCUAACUUGUACAAGGAGAAGUUUGAGAAGGCGAAAGGAAAGUCUGAGUACAACAAUAUGACUGUACCUCCAGAUGUGAAGCAUGCCAUGGAUGUGGCCAAGAGCCAGAGCAAUAUCAACUAUAAACAGGAAGCUAAGGCCAAGUUGCAUUACACACCUGUUGCUGAUCGCCCUGACAUCCUGAAGGCUACCCAGGCUGCCAAGCUCAUCAGUGAGGUGGGAUACCGUGACAAGGCUCGUCAGGAGGCCAGCCGUGGAGGAUCACUGGUCAACCGUCCCGAUAUCGACUUGGCCACCGAAGUGUCCAAGCUUACCAGCCUGGUGAAAUACAAAGAGAAGUUUGACAAGGAGAUGAAAGGAAAGAGACCAGUGUAUGACCUGAAGAACAGUAAGAUUUAUCAGACUUUGAAGGAUGCCAAUACACUUGCAAGUGAGGUGAAAUAUAAGGGUGACCUGAAGAAGAUCCAUAAGCCUGUGACUGAUAUGUCUGAGUCUCUGGCCAUGCAGCACAACCUGAGUACCAGCAAACUGGCCAGUAGUUACCAGUACAAGAAGAAAUUUGAGGAGAGUAGAGGUCACUACCAUUUGAUUCCUGACACUCCUGAGCAGCUUCAUCUCAAAGAGGCCUCAGAGCUACAGAGUAAUGUGAAGUACAAGGAGAAAUAUGAGAGGGAGAAGGGCAAGGCCAUGCUGGACUUUGAGACUCCAACUUAUGUGAGCGCCAAAGAAGCACAGCAUAUGCAGAGCCAGAAAGACUAUAAGAAGGACUUUGAGGAAUACAUGAAAGGCAGGAACCUCUCAGGCUUGGAGGUCACUCCGGCAAUGUUACAUGUCAGACAUGCCACCAAAAUUGCUAGUGAGAAAGAGUAUAGGAGGGAUCUAGAAGAAGGGGUGAAGGGUAAAGGGCUUACAGUGCUGGAGGAAACUCCUGAAUUGCUAAGAGCAAAGAAUGCUACUCAGAUCCUCAACGAGAGAGAGUAUAAGAAGGCACUGGAGGAAGAGAUAAAGGGCAAGGGAAUGUUGGCUUUGGCUACUGAUACUCCAGACUUUAUGAGGGCAAGAAAUGCUACAGAUAUCCUCAGCCAGGCUAAAUACAAGCACAAUGCUGAGCAGGACAGGGCUAUUUACACCACCGUGAUUGACACCCCUGACAUCAUCCACGCUCAGCAGAUCAGAAACAUUGUGAGCCAGAAAAAGUACAAGGAGGAGGCAGAGAAGACCAUGUCUCACUACAAUGCAGUCCUGGACACUCCUGAGAUGCAGAGAGUGCGAGAGAACCAGAGGAACUUCAGCACUCUUCAAUACCAGAUUGACCUUAAAAACAGUAAGGGCAAAGUAACAGCAGUACAGGACACACCUGAAAUGCUUCGUGUUAAAGAAAAUACAAAGAAUUUCAGCUUGAUUCAUUAUAAGGUGGAUAUGGGAGGAGGAACUGCUAUAGCAGGAACCCCCGAGAUGGAGAGAGUUAAACGCAAUCAGGAGAAUAUUAGCACGAUCAAAUACAAGGACUCACUAGGUCAAGGCAUAUCUAUACCAGAUCUUCCUGAAGUGAAACGUGUGCAAGAGACUCAGAAGAACAUAAGCUCGAUUCGUUACAAGGAGGAUUUAGGACGUGGCACUGCAAUAUCAGAAACUCCUGAGAUGGGGAGAGUUAAACGCAAUCAGGAAAAUAUUAGCAUGAUAAAGUACAAAAACAUGUUGGGGAAAGGGACAGCUAUAUCGGAUCUCCCCGAGGUGAAGCGAGUCCGAGAGACUCAGAAGCACAUCAGUUCGGUUUUGUAUAAAGAAGCUUCUGGCAAAGGAACUCCUGUCAUAUUCACGCCAGAGAUGGAGCGUGUCAAACGGAACCAAGAACAUAUUAGCUCGGUGCUGUACUCUGACAGCUUCCGCAAGCAGGUGCAGGGCAAAGCAGCUUUCGUACUGGACACUCCUGAGAUGAGACGUGUGAAACAGACUCAGCGUAUCAUCUCCGGGGUACAGUACCACCAGGACUUUGAGAAGAGUAAAGGCAGCUUCAUCCCCACAACCACUGACCUGGUGACCGAGCGUGUAAAGAGAAACACUCAGGACUUCAGUGAUAUCAGCUACCGUGGCAUUCAGAGGCGUGUUGUGGAAAUGGAGAGGAGACGUGCUAUAGAGCAUGACCAGGAAACCACCACUGACCUGCGUGUCUGGCGUACAAACCCAGGCUCUGUGUUUGACUAUGAUCCUGCUGAAGAUAAUAUCCAGUCUAGAAGUCUCCACAUGAUGUCAGUUCAAGCUCAGCGCCGUAGUAAGGAGCACUCUCGCUCGACAAGCGCCAUGAGUGGCUUAGGUGAUGAGAAAUCUGAGCUGUCCGAGAACGUGGACCAUCAAGUCUCCGUCUACAGCAACGGAUUCCCUACUCAUACCAUCGGCUACCAGCAGGCCAAGACAGUUGAACUUCAGCAAAGAUCUUCUUCUGUGGUCACUCAGCAGACCACUGUGUCCUCUGUUCCCUCACACCCCUCCACCACUGGGAAAACCGUUCGUGCCAUGUACGACUACAUUGCUGCCGACAACGACGAAGUGUCCUUUAAAGAUGGAGAUGUCAUCGUGAACGUCCAGUCCAUCGAUGAGGGCUGGAUGUAUGGCACAGUGCAACGUACUGGAAAGACCGGCAUGCUGCCUGCCAACUACGUGGAGGCGGUCUAAAGACAAGAACGAGUAGGACACAUCCACAGGGCUAAGCAUCUCUGGCAUUUAGGUAGUUUAUGUGUAGUUGAUAGUAGUUUAGGCUUAGAAUAGUACUGACUCCUGUUUGUCUGCCUUCAUAUUAUGUGCGAUUUUGGUUGCACCCGUAUCGGCAAAUCUUCAGUGGAUGUGACAUGAGAACCUGACAGACAAUUAGACAGCUGUAUUUAUCUUUAAUGUACCGAACCUAGUCGAUCAUUUGAAAGCCCAUUAUUUUGUAUAUUGCUGACAAAUCAACUGCCUCUUCCAGCAUUAAAUCGUUUGCACAAGAAGAGAUGGGCUUUGCUGUAAAGAAAAUCUGACACUCAACUACGAUAUGAUAUAACUGGAAAAAAAAAAAGACAUUAGCAAACUGUAUUUAAGGGGAAAAAAAAACAAAAAACAAACAAAAACAACAACUUGAAAAUUGUGAGGAGUAACCAUCAGUUCCCCACAUACAAAAUAUGUACACUGAAGAGUACCAAGAAACAAGCCUCUUCCCUCCUUUGCUGAAGGCUGGUCACAAGUUGCAUGUGUGUUUUGUUCUUCCAAUUCCCUAGGUCUAGGGUUAGAGUCAUAUAUUUUGGCUCAGUAGCUAAUAAAGCACACCCCGCUUCUGCAGUA